AUGGGCAGGGAAAACCAGACAUGGAUGAGUGAGUUCAUUCUUCUGGGGCUGUCCAGCCUCUGGGAGACCCAGGUCUCCCUCUUUGUCCUGUUCCUGGCCAUGUAUCUGGUGACUGUGCUGGGGAACUUGCUGAUAAUACUCCUUAUCAGACUGGACAGAUGGCUGAACACACCCAUGUACUUUUUCCUCAGUGUCCUGUCCUUUGUGGACGUCUGUUAUACCAACAGCACCGUCCCCCAGAUGCUCGUUCACUUCCUAUCAGCCCGGAAGUCCAUUCCAUUCUACGGCUGUGUGCUCCAGCUGCUUAUCUCCUUGGCAAUGGGCAGCGCAGAGUUCUUCCUGCUGGGGGCCAUGGCCUAUGACCGCUACGUGGCCGUCUGCCGCCCCCUGCACUACACGGUCAUCAUGCACCGAGAGCUGUGCCUGGGGCUGGCUGCAGGCUGCUUGGGGGCUGGUUUCAUGAAUUCGCUGAUGCAGACCAUCAUCACCUUUCAGCUACCUCUGUGCCGCAAGGUUGUUAAUCACUUUGCCUGUGAGAUGUUGGCUAUGCUGAGGCUGACCUGUGUGGACCCCUCCUUCAACAAGGUCAUGGUGGCCUUCUCAGGAUUUCUGGUCAUCAUGCUUCCCUGUUUCCUUGUUCUAUUCUCCUACGGUCACAUAGUCGCUACUAUCCUGCGUAUUCGCUCUGCCCGGGGACGCCGCAAAGCGUUUGGGACGUGCGCCGCUCACCUCACUGUGGUUUCCAUGUGCUUUGGCACAGCCAUCUUCACAUACUUGAGACCCACGGCUGGCUCCUCCGCAGAACAGGAGAAGAGGGUUGCUCUAUUCUAUGCUGUGGUGACCCUAAUGCUGAAUCCCUUAAUCUAUAGCUUGAGAAACAAGGAAGUGAUGAGCACCUUUAGAAGAGUGUUGGGGAAGUUUAGUGAAAAAGGGUAA